AUGGAAAAUGAUAAUGACGUGGAGCUGCCUCUUCAAAAAGGUUUAACAUCAGCAGCCAUACUUGAAGUUGGAGAUGCAGAUGGUGAUGAUAAAAUCUCACACAAACACAAUGAGGAUGAUGGUCAACAUAGUAGACAACAGCAGCAGCCCAGCGCCAACAUUACUCGAAUAAAACAACUUAAGUUGCAACUAGAGGAGUCGUUGCAGAUCAGGGAGAGCUAUUUGCGGGAAAAAUUUAAAAUCCUCACUGCAGAUAGUGACGACGAGGGUAUCGUGGAAUCACAUUUGCCUGAAGUUGGGCAAUUACCUCAGCUGAAUGCACAUCAAGCCGUAGCUGAUGAACACUUUUCGCCACAUGGCCAACCUCAUCUACAGAGUACACCAAGGUUAGUAAAUAAUCCAUCUCUUUAUACCUUACAGAUCGCUCCCACGCUUACGCCGUCUCAGCUAGCAGCGCGUCAAUGCAUACCGAGAGAUUUGCCUACGUUCCGCGGCGAUCCAGAAGAAUGGCACAUUUUUAUAAGUGCGUACGAGCAAACUAAGCAAAUCGCAGGUUUCUCCGAUUAUGAAUGUCUAAUGCGCUUACAGAGGUGCCUCAUUGGUAAAGCGCGCGAUGUAGUACGCAAUAUGUUGGUGUUGCCUAAUGUGGUUGGAGAAAUAAUAAACACUCUUCGUAUGUAUUUUGGACGACCAGAAAUUAUUCUAAAUAAAUUAGUUGAGAAAAUGCGUCAGUUACCGCCUCCAAGGGGUAGGCUGGGCGAUUUAAUUGACUUUUCAGUCAACAUUAAUAAUGUAGUUGCAACAAUUGAGGCAUGUAAGCUGAAUAGUUAUUUUAAUAAUCCACUCUUAUUACAUGAGCUAAUAAGUAAAUUAGCUGAAGAUAUGAAGCUCAAAUGGGCACUACAUUCAGCAUCAAUAGCCGAACCUACACUUCGCGAUUUUUCAGCGUGGCUCUCAUCUUUAGCAAAUGCGGCAAGUAGAGUAGCUACACCUUCUUUUUUAGAUAAACCACUAAAAAAGGAAGGACGAGUGCACAUACAUCAGACAGCUGAAAUGACAACCACGGCAGUUAGGUGUUACAUUUGUGGCGGCGGACAUAAAAUAAUGGAAUGUGAAAUAUUCACGAACGAGCCUACAAAUCAACGCUGGCGCAUUGUUAAGGAAAAGAAGCUGUGCCGACAAUGCUUAGGCGAGCAUAGGCGUCGCUGUUUCAGUAAUAAAGUAUGUGGCAUUGAUGGCUGCAAUGCACGACACCACCCCAUGCUGCAUUCUCGGAUAGACCAAUCUACGCCAGCAAUAUCUUCUACAGCUAACAAUGUUUCAUCGGAUAUAGUAGAACAAAUAAGUUUAAGUCCAUACUCAAACAAAGCGUUACUCAAUAACCAUAAUUCAUCAGUGAAUAAAAACUGGUCAUAUUGCCGAAUUCUUCCAGUUACUUUAUAUGGCACCAAAAGGACUAUUAACACAUAUGCAUUGAUGGACGAUGGGUCAACACUAACGCUUAUUGAAGCAAGUCUAGCCGAUGAAUUGGGAAACGAUGGUAUCCAGGAUGCGCUAUGCAUUAAUUGGACAGGUAAUAUCAGUCGACAGGAAAAUAACUCAAAAAGGCUCAACUUACAAAUUUCUGCCAAUGCUCCUCAAGCUAAAAAAUUCCCAUUGAAAAAUGUCCGCACAGUAAGCAACUUACGCAUGUCAGCAGAAUCUGACAUGACAUGGGUGGCUGGCAAGAACCCGUGGCGCUGUGGACAAGAAGCUGAUAGGGAGCUUCAUGAGUUAGUAAAGACAUUUAUAGUAAACGAGAAUGUCGCGGUGGCUACCCCAAAAGCAGAAUUACUUUCAGUUGAGGAUCAGCGAGCAGAGGAAAUAAUGCGCAAGUGCCAGUUACGCGGAAACCGCUACGUUGUCAAUUUGCCAUGGAACACCGAUACAGUCGAAUUGCCAAAUAGCUUGCCGAUGGCAUUACGUCGAGCGGAGUGCUUACGUCGAAAAAUGCAUGGGGACCCUGAAUUGUGUCAAAAGCUAAAGGAACAAAUCACUACUUUAGUCAGCAAGGGCUACGCAACUGAGUUGCCACCAGAAGCAAUUAACGAGCGAGGUGGAAAGAUUUGGUAUUUACCAAUUUUUAUUGUGCGCAAUCUACUUAAACCGAAAAAGCAUAGAUUAGUUUGGGAUGCUGCAGCCAAAGCUGAAGGAGUGUCACUAAACGAUUUUUUGCUGAAGGGGCCGGAUAUGCUGCGACCACUUAUAAACAUAUUAUUAAAUUUUCGUAUAGGAAGAAUAGCUGUCUGUGGUGACAUUGCUGAAAUGUUUCAUCGAAUUCUAGUACAAGAAGCAGAUACUGAUGCUCAGAGAUUUCUAUGGUUCAGCGAGACAUUUAAAAAUAUUUGCGUUUAUAAAUUAAAUGUAGUUAGCUUUGGUGCGCGAUGUUCACCAUAUAUAGCGCAUUUUAUUCGAAACCUGAACGCAGAAAGAUUUAUAGCUGAAAAUCCUAGAGCAGUGUACGCUAUUAAAAACAAUCAUUACGUGGAUGACUUUAUAGAUUCAACAAAUUCCAUUGAACAAGCAAUAGCAUUAGCCGAGGCAGUUCGCAACAUACAUGAACAAGUGUUCUGCUUCACGACCUGUGAUUGA